AUGUUUUCGAUUGCAGCUAUCAAUGAUACAGAGACCAAGGAGAAGUGGGAGCCUUUAGCUCCUAGCAAAGAAGCUCAGGAGUUUCAUCUGUCACAAACAUAUCACGAUGGUCUUCUCAAGCUGCAAGCUAAAGACUACGAAAAGGCUCGGGAGCUGCUGGAGUCUAUCCUUAAGGAUCCUAUAAUAGCCAACUCCAAGGUGGAGACUAUUGCAAACGACAAUCAUCUCCAUCAUCUCAGAUUUUUGGCUCUGAAGAAUCUUGCGACUGUAUUUCUUGAGCUAGGUUCAAGUCAUCACGAGAAUGCUCUAAACUGUUAUCUUCAAGCUAUAGACAUAGAUGCAAAAGAUUCUGUGCUGUGGAACCAUCUUGGAACCCUAUCAUGUUCGAUGGGAUUACUGAGUAUUUCACGAUGGGCAUUUGAACAGGGACUUCUCUGCAGCCCUAAUAACUGGAACUGCAUGGAGAAACUUCUAGAAGUUCUCAUUGCCAUAGGUGAUGAAGUUUCCUGUCUUUCAGUUGCAAAUUUGAUUUUGAGGCAUUGGCCAUCACAUUCUCGAGCUUUGCACGUUAAACGUUCUAUCGAAGAAACAGAUUCAGCUCCUUUUGCGCCCAAGGGUAUAGAUAAGCUUGAACCUCAGCACGUUCGGCUCAAAUUUCUUGGCAAAAGAAAGGUGUCUGACCAGAAUCAGGACAAGAAUGCUGCUCCCAAGAAGUUGAAAAAAAUAGUGCAAGUUAAACUUACUGAAGCUUCAUGGGUGGCUUUGAUAAAUAUUCUACUUGAGAUAGUGAAUCCUUCGUGUGAAACUGUGGGCAGAUCAGCUGAUAUACCAAUAGCCAUUGAAUUAACUCUAAGUACAGAAGCUGUAAUGCAGGGUUCGGAAAAGAAGGAUCAUUGUGUGGAAUCAGAUUCAAGUAUUGUGUCUGUUAAGGAUUGCAACAUCGAAAGAGAAAGUGGUGGUGAGGUUAGAGAAAAGGAGCCUGCGUUUUCUGAAGAACACCCCCAAGAGCGGCGGAGUACUCGUCUUGAACGGCUUCGGAACCAGAAACCUGAGAAGGAAGAUGUAGAAUUUGAUAAUUGCAAGGAUCCUAGCAGUGACAUCCUUCGAUAUCUUAAGACGUUUGUCCUUGAAAGGGGAUUCAGCAAAACUUCUGCUGGUUCCUUCAGCCUUCACGAACCUGAUCCAAUUUCUGAACAAGCUGUCGUUUCUAAUUUCGUGAAGGAAACUUCAGAAAAUUAUGGUGCUUAUCAUCUGGGCCAUUUGCUUCUAGAGUAUAUUGCUAGUAAAUCUGAACAUCUAUUGAGUCGUGAUGCUGCCCUGAAAAUUUUGGAGUUAGAAAAGCUCACUAGACACUGGGGCCGAGACCGGAGACCUGAAUGCAGUCUUUUUCUCGCUGAGCUGUACUAUGACCUUGAAUCUACACGAUCAGAUAUUCCUGAUUCCCAAUCAUACAUGGUAGAAGUAACAUACCAUCUCUCCAAGAUAAUUGAAUCUGUUUCCCUUGAUUAUGCUAUCGAAUCUACACCUAUUUCCUGGGAGGGAAGAUCUCCUGACUCCUCGUUAAAGAGUUCUCAAGGUGAUCAGACUGCUAAAGAGGUGUUGGGUUAUGAGAAAAGAUGCUUCUGGGCUCGAUAUUUCUGGCUGAGUGCACGGUUAUCAAUUUUGGAGGAUAAUAAAGCUAAAGCCCUUGAAGAAUUUAUCAAGUGUUUGUCAUUGUUGGACAAGGAAGGUACUGCAGAAUCUCCUGUCUUAAUUCGGCUGCCUCAUUGCAGAAGAACUCGAGAGCUGAAUAUCAACAUGAUCACCAGUGAAAUAAAUCUGCUUAAGAUCGAUUUCUUGUUGGAGAAAACCAUACCUGAGAUGAUGGAGAAAGAAUUAUACUCAGAGUGUGUAAACUUACUUGCAUCACUUUUAUUUCCAAAUAAAGACAUCUGGCCUGCAUCCUCUGUGAAAUCGGAAGAAGGGUUCUCCUCUACUGAGUUAUCAGCACUCGACGUUUUAAUAAAAGCAUGCCAGAAGAGUAAGCCUAUAGAUGUGGAGGUUUAUAUGAACUGUCAUAGAAGAAAGUUGCAAGUUCUCUUGGAAUCAACUGGUACGGGGGAAUCUGUUGAGACACCUAAAACCUCAUAUAAAAGUUUGAGUGAGAGUAAUCACUUGCUGGCAGAGGAAGUAAAGGCAAUUCUUCUUUGUAUUUCUCAAGUGAAGAACUUCCUUGACCAGUCAGAUAACUCUAGUGCCAUGGUUGCGCCAAGAGAUUGUGUAGCUGGUAUACAAUCUUUGCUUUUGACAGUCAUGCCAAAUAGCGUGAGGCAUUUUAUUUCUAAGAAAUAUUCAGAUUCUCAAAGUGCUGACGGGAUUGAUGAAGAGCAGAAAUCUUGCUUUCUCGAUGCAGCUAUUGGAUUCUGUAAACUUCAACACCUUGAUUCUACAAUGUCUACUAAAUAUCAAGUUGAGUUGAUCAUAGGUCUCCAUGAUUUUCUUGCUGAAUAUGGGCUUUGCUGUGCUGGUAAAAAUUGUGAGGGGGAGGAAGGAGCUUUUCUUAGAUUUGCGAUUAAGCAUUUAUUGGCUGUGGACAUGAAAGUUAAAUCCAGUAUCAACUCCCCAGAUGGCCUUGGAGAUGAUAUGGCAUUGCCUGGAAAAUUUUGCAGAAGUGACAUGAAAUCAUUUGUCGAAGAUCUGCACGCUGAGAAAAACGAAAACACCAAUAAAAGUUCUAAGAAGGAUGGUUCUGUAGAAAAAGUUGGUUAUGGGGAAAAAGAACAGUCUGAAGAAGAAAGUAAACAGAUUCUGGAACACACAGAAGAAGUUGCUGAAAAAGAAAAAGAUGAACUCGAGUUGUUAAUCAAUAACGCUUUAGAUCAGUGCUUUUUCUGCCUGUAUGGUCUGAAUCUUAGAGUCGAUGGUUCCUACGAAGAUGAGCUUGCUGUGCACAAAAACACUAGCCGGGGAGAUUAUCAGACAAAGGAACAAUGUGUUGAUGUUUUCCAGUACAUACUACCCUAUGCCAAGGCUUCCUCUAGAACAGGAUUAGUUAAACUCCGGAGAGUCUUGAGAGCAAUAAAAAAGCAUUUUCCACAACCACCAGACGAUCUCCUAGUGGACAAUGUGAUAGAUAAAUUCUUAGAUGACCCUGCUUUAUGUGAAGACAAACUCUCAUACGAGGCUGGUUCUGAAGGUUUCCUUGAAACCAUAACUAAAUGUAUAAUUCCCAACAGAACUCUCAGUGAGUACAAGGUAUCACUGCUCCACAGUUCCGACCCCUAUUUGGAUGUCUACCGCAACUUGUAUUAUUUCUUAGCUCAGUCUGAGGAAGUUAGUGCUAGUGAUAAAUGGCCCGGCUUUGUUCUCACGAAGGAAGGAGAAGAGUUUGUACAGCAGAAUACAAAUCUGUUCAAAUAUGAUCUGCUCUAUAAUCCUCUGCGCUAUGAGAGUUGGCAAAAGCUUGGCAAUAUUUACGACGAGGAAGUAGAUUUGUUGCUAAAUGAUGGUAGCAAGCACAUAAAUGUUGUAGGAUGGAGGAAGAAUGCCACUCUUUCGCAAAGAGUUGAAACAAGCAGAAGAAGAAGCAGACGUUGUCUGCUAAUGAGUUUGGCGUUAGCAAAUUCACCAGAUCAACAGUCUGAGAUACAUGAGCUGUUGGCGCUGGUAUACUAUGACAGCCUUCAGAGUGUUGUGCCGUUUUAUGAUCAGCGGUCUGUGCUACCCUCUAAGGAUGCAACGUGGACAAGAUUUUGUGAGAACUCAAUGAAGCAUUUCAAGAAAGCUUUUGCACAUAGACAAGAUUGGUCACAUGCAUUCUACAUGGGAAAACUCAGUGAGAAGCUUCGGCAGCCGUAUGAAAUUUCUUUAUCCUAUUAUGAGCAAGCCAUGACAUUGAAUCCGUCUGCCGUAGAUCCUGUGUACAGAAUGCAUGCUUCUCGUUUGAAGCUUCUAAAUGCUUGUGGGAAACAGAACUUAGAGGCCUUAAAGGUCCUAGCCACUUACUGCUUUGAUGAAUCUAUAAAGGAUACUGCUAUGACAAUCAUUGGUACAACGACUAUUGGAUCCUCUCGUACACUGGAAGAAGCUCAAGAUGGAAACUUGGAAGCAAGUUAUGCUAAAACUGGAGAGGGGUCAAUUCAGAUGGAAGGGGUGUGGCAUAUGCUCCACAACGACAGCCUUUCUGCACUGGGAAGCUGUAUAGAAGGAGAUCUUAAACAUUUUCAUAAGGCGAGAUACAUGCUUGCCCAAGGGCUGUAUAGAAGGGGUGGGAGCAGUGAUCUGCAAAGAGCAAAAGAAGAACUUUCCUUUUGUUUCAAAUCAUCCCGGUCAAGUUUUACGAUCAAUAUGUGGGAGAUUGAUGGCAUGGUCAAAAAGGGAAGGCGGAAAACUCCAGGUCUAGCUGGAAACAAGAAGGCUCUGGAAGUCAACCUGCCAGAGAGUUCACGGAAAUUCAUCACUUGCAUCCGCAAGUACUUGCUGUUCUAUUUGAGACUAUUGGAGGAAACUGGAGAUGUCACCACACUUGAACGAGCGUUUAAUUCUCUUCGAUCAGAUAAGAGGUUCUCUCUAUGCAUUGAAGACCUUGUACCAGUUGCAAUAGGAAGAUACGUAAAUGCACUGGUGUCCUCGAUGAGUCAGGUUGAUUCUUCAGGAGCAAAAAUCAACCCUGAUAGUCAGUUGGAGAAAAUAUUUUCUCUCUUUAUAGAACAAGGAAGCAUAUGGCCAGACAUAUGCAAUUUUCCUGAAACAAGAGGUCCAGAAACCUCAGAGAGCAGCUUAUACAGAUUUCUAGACCAAUACAUCUUAUCUCUUGAACUAGACAACAAGGUUGAGACCCUGGAAACCAUAAAUGAAAAGAUUCGGAAGCGUUUCAAGAAUCCAAAGUUGUCUAAUAGUUUCUCGGCUAAAGUUGGCAGACAUGCUUCUCUUGCUUGGUGCCGAGCUCUGAUAAUAAGCUUGGCGUCAAUAACCCCCUUGCAGCAAGUAUCCUCGGCGGAAACUCAAGCAAUAAAUCCAUCAUUUGGUUCUCUGGAAAACAGACGGGUGCUUUGUGUUGAUCUCCAGUCAGAACUGUGGAGUUCUUAUUUUGAGGAUCCCUCAGACUCCCAGAUGCUCGAGGAGAAAUGGCGCCCUGUUCUGUCCAAGAUCAAGAACGUACUGAUUUCCAAUAAAGUCUGCGAGGAGAAUCUGGAAACCGCUAAUACUCUACUUAAAAGUUGUUACAGUUACUUCCGAGAAACGGCUUCAGUCACACUUCCUUCUGAAAUCAAUCUCUAUUCCGCACUGCCUGGGCUAGCAACAGAGGGAGAGAUUCUUCCAGGCAUCGAAGGAGUCGAAGUCAUUGAUGUAAGCAUCCCGAGGAAGCUUCUUUUGUGGGCUUACACUCUGUUUCAUGGACAUUGUGGAAGCAUCUCUCAAGUCGUGAAAUAUAUGGAAGAAAAUACCAAGCCAAAAAUGAAGAGAGGAGCUUCAACUUCAUCAGCGGCUCCUUUGGUUCAGUCAGGUGGAAACAGUGAACCCGAAGCUGCUUCUAAGCUUGCGCAGCUGAUAGUAUCCGAUUCAGUGGGUGGAGAUAGUUGUGGCUCUACAUCUACACCGUUGUAA